AUGUCGACGAAAGCGCUCAUACCUGGGAACUCCCAGCGGGCUCGCUCGACGGCUCUCAACGCCUUCGAGCGCUUCGCGGUCGCCGAGGGCUUCACCGUCAACGCCAUCUAUGAGUUUGUAGGUGGGGAUUCAACUGGCGAUACUCUCUACAUUGUUCUCGACAAAUUUGCAGUGUAUUUAGCAUUUAAAGAAAGCUCGAAGGGCUCGCUGCUAUCCAAGAACUCGGUCGCCAGCUACUUUGGCAACGUCAAGAACCACCUACUCGAGCUGUUUCCAGCUUUAAGUGCUGUAUCGGGUCGUCGGCUGCAAAAGAUUGCGUCAAUCCUCGACAAGUACUGCUCCAAGCGAGGCACAUAUUUUACGCACCAGGCCCCACCGUGCACGAAAAGCGACCUGCGCUCGCUCACCUUAGCGAUAUUGAAGGGGGCUGUAUCUGUGCAGGACUACCAGGAUCCAGCCCUUCUCAACAUUCUUUGGUAUUUGCUGGACCGUGGAGGCUGGAGCAUGAGUGCUGUGAGCAAAGCGUUCAAUUAUAUUGUUGGCACGACGCAGGAAGAUCAAACCGUCGGCAAGUCGUUAGCUGGAUGGGAUUUAAAAGCUAGUCCGCGGCUACCUACACUGGACGACUUCGAUCCUCUGGUUCUGCAUCGAAUUCGCCAAGUUCAAGACCGGCUUUUCUCGGCUGCGAAGGGGUUCACGGAGAGACUCAGCUUGCGAGAUGAUGUAGUGGACGUACUUACCGCCACCGCCAUUCUCCACUACCCCGACAUGCUUCGGCUUAGGCCAGAGUCACUGUACAUCGAACGGGUUCAAGAAGUACUAAGUCAGGUACAGGCGGCACAGGCUGAGAUUGCUGCAUGGUCAAUGGCUAUUCAUCGUACCUUACAGCCGUCCAAGAACGACACUCCACGCAGUCCGGCACCACGGCGUGUUGAAGACGACGAACUCUUGCGGAGGCAAACCUUGCUCUUGAAGCAGCAGGCGCAGAUCCUUGGAGGGCUAGCAGCCGAAGUGAAGGCAUUGAACCAGCGGGAGCAGCGGCUUGAGCACCCAUCGGACGUAACCACCGCUCCGUCGACAACAGCAGCUGAUAGCCUGUCGAGCUCGUCCAGCGCUUUGUCGGAUACUGCAAGCGGCGCGGCAACUCGUGCGCAUUCGCGUGCAAAGCCACUCGCGACUGUGUGGUACGAGUGGUUUCUGCCCCCGUUGCCAAGCGCGCGUCCAAACCGGCGGCGCUAUCACGAGUGCAAGGUGGCCGUGGCCUGUAUGCGGGUUUUUCUCCCAGCCGGAUACAGCGUGACCGGAGAUGAGGUCACAGCAAAGGGACGCAUCCUGAGCUCAGGACGGGAGGCCGAGGCAAACGUUCUUGCUUUCCUGGAGGCUGAGAACGUGAAAGCAAAGUCGCAUGGCACAAUUGUUAAGGUUUUGAAGCGGAUGUAUGCUCAAGGCAAGCUCGACGACCGCAUCAGGAAUCACCAGCGACUUCAGCAGGAGGGCAAGGCUCUUGAAGAUGCACCAGUGCAUGUUCUUGAGCCCUACAACAAUCACAGCACAACGUAA